CGGCGAGAGGAUGCAGUGAGGAGCCUCUUACGUCUCCCAGCUAAAUCAGAGUCCGGCGUUAGGGCAGCUACAAUAAUACAACGUCGAAAAUGAGUGCGAGCAAGGCUGGGCAGGACGGCCCCUCCAGAGCGGAGGAGAGCGGCACCGGGAGCGGCACGGACAGCGGCGGCGGCGGCUCCCCGCGGCUCCAGCAGGGCGCUCAUCCUCCCAGCGGCAGCCGGACCAGAGAUGCCAGAUACCAGCAGCAGCAGCAGCAGAGGCAUCAUGGUGGGUCGAUGCUGAAGCAGCCAUCCCACUCCGAGCCAGCUGAUGCCGUGAGACGGGCGCUCGACUUCAAGACCCAGGGCACCCAGUGCUACAAGGAUAAGAAGUACAGGGAGGCGAUUGGCAAGUACCACCGCGCUCUGCUGGAGAUGAAGGGGCUGUGCAGGGUGCUGGGCGAUCCAGACACCAGCUCCAAAUCCCCCUCCUCUCUCCUGCCGACCAUCAGCAAGUCCACAUCGCUGACAGACGAGCAGAAAGGUGCCAUGGAGAAUGCAGAGCUGGAGUGUUACAACAGCCUGGCCGCCUGCCUGCUGCAGAUGGAGCUGGUGAACUACGAGCGAGUGAAGGAAUAUUGUCUGAAAGUCCUGCGCAAGGAGGGAGCCAAUUUCAAAGCCCUGUAUCGCUCUGGUGUGGCUUAUUACCACCUUGGUGACUUCCAGAAGGCCCUGUACUACCUCAAGGAGUCACACAAACAGGAGCCCUCAGACACCAAUGUUAUCCGCUACAUCCAGUUGACAGAGAUGAAAAUUCGCCGAAAUGCCCAAAGGGAAAAGAAAGAGGCAACAUAAACACUCGCCGUCUGAUGACUCCUCGCCCGUCAUAAAUUCCUGCCCUGCUGUGUGCCACCCGGACCUCGCACACCACGCCAGGGUCUCGCUGUGAAAAGAUAUAUGUUUGCUUUUGCCUUGCACAGCAACCCCUCGCCAGUUAUGUGAUUUAACUUCACCAUUGCGCGCUUGAAGCAUUUUUUUGGAUCAGAUACUGAGUUUCUGUCGCCAAAGUGUCUAGUAUGAGUACAUCACAAGUAUAUUUUAACCGUUACAAACAAGUCUGAUGCACUGCCAGUCAAAACAUUGCACAUACGGGCCAACACUUGUGAUAGAGAGAUGAGCAACAAAGUCCAGAGAGUGACUCCAGCAGGUCUGUAGGCGAGCAGAACUGUAAAUUAGCACCUACCCUCGCACAAGCUGUCUUUUAAAUGGCAUGGAGUAAAUGAGUAACAACCACCUAUACAAUUAAACUGUUAUUUUUAAAAGUGCUACAAAAGACAAAGAUUUUGGAAUACUCUUGAUAAUAUCCGAAUAAAAGGUGCUUUCUCUAAAUAGGUUUUAACUCACAAAGUGUGGGCAGAACAUCAUGAGCACAUGGUUGCCAAUUACAGUAUGAAUAAGAGACAUAUCACCAAAUGUAUAUAGGCUAUUUAUAGAUAAUCAAAAAAAAAAUAUUAUUGAGAUACAGGCUAUUUGUGUCUUGUUUAUUAAUGCCAAACGAAGCACUUCAUUCACAGCAUAUACAAAAAAAUAUAUGUGUGUAAAGUAUGUGUGUAAUAAAGGUGUCUGUUGAUUGAAGUAUAA